AUGCAAGCCUAAAGAAAAAGAUUCAUAGGAGGAAAUUGGAAGAGCAACAACACAUUAGCCAAGUCUCUUGAAUUAGUUGACAGUGUUGUUAACAAAUUAGAGUUUGAUAAUUUGGAUGUUGUGGUUUCCCCAGUGUCUCUACAUAUUGUUCCAAUCUAAUAAGCAAUUAAGAACAACGUAUAGGUCGCUCUUUAAAACAUUGGACACAAAGGAUUUGGAGCCUUUACAGGUGAGCUCAGUUUUGAACACGUCAAAGAUCUUAAAAUAAAUUGGGUCAUCUUGGGACAUAGUGAGAGAAGAAGAACCCCAGAAAUUUCAGAGAGUGAAGAGUUUAUUGCUAACAAGGCUGUUUUGGCAAUAAACAAUGGAUUAUCUGUGAUCUUCUGUAUUGGAGAAACCAUCUAAGAAAUGGAAGCCAAAGAAACCUAGGCUGUCUUAGAGAAACAAUUGAAACCUUUGGUUGAUUAAGUGAAAGAUUGGUCCAAGGUUGUGAUUGCCUAUGAACCAGUUUGGGCCAUUGGAACAGGUAAGACAGCAACUCCAGAAUACGCUGAAGAAAUCCAUGCAAACAUAAGAAAAUUACUUCCAGAUUAAUCAAUCAGAAUUUUGUAUGGUGGAUCAGUCACUAAGGACAAUGCAGCAGUUUUGAUUGGACAACCUAAUAUCGAUGGCUUCUUAGUCGGAGGUGCUUCAUUAAAAGAAGACUUCAUCCAUAUUGUUAAUGCUUGCAAGUGAGUUCAUAUUAAAAAAAAUAAAAAUUUAAUAAUAUA